CACGGCGGCCGACCUCCCCUCCUCGCCGUCGUCUGCUCCCCUCCCACUCCCACAAGACUAGAAGAGAAAUCCCAACCAAUCCUUCUCUCCCCGGUCCAUCCCCAAAUCGUCCAUCCAGAUCCAUGUACCACCCCACCAGAGGCGGCGUCCGCGGCGGCCGAGAUCAAUUCAAAUGGGAUGAUGUGAAGGUUGACAAGCAUCGAGAGAAUUACAUUGGUCACAGCGUCAAGGCUGCUGUUGGUAGAUGGCAGAAAGGAAAGGACCUGUUCUGGUAUACUAGGGAUAAGAAAUCCGACACAGAAGAUGCUCUGAAGGAAGAAAUCAGGAGAGUGAAGGAAGAGGAGGAACAGGCCAUGCGUGAGGCACUUGGCUUAGCUCCUAAGCGUAGUAAUCGGCCUCAGGGCAAUCGUUUGGAUAAGCAUGAAUAUGCUGAGCUGAUUAAGAGAGGAUCAACUGCAGAGGACUUAGGAGCAGGGCAUGCUGAAGCAGCACAAGUGCAGGGUCUAGGUUUAUACAAGGCUCCUCGCGAGGAGGGAGGUUCGAGUUCUUUUAAGCUUGAUCCUCCUGAAAUGAUGCCCGAGCAGGCUGACCAUACAGCAGCAGCCAAGCAGGAAGAUUCAGAGGAUGAUAGGAAGGGGAAAAGGCGGUCUGAGGAGAGAGGGGACAAAGAGCGAAGACGAGAAAAACAUGCUGAAGGAAAGGGUAGGAAGCGAGACAAGCACGAUAGGAGGCAUGACUCGGAGGACAGAUUGAAGCGCCACCGCAAAGACAAGCAGAAGAGGAGACACAAUUCCGAUUCUGAUUGAUAACAGCUCUGUGCCUGCAGUACUGUAUCUUACUGCCAUAUUUCAUACCGAGGAUCUGCUUUUGCUUGAUGAUGUAGUGUAAAAUGACUGGAUAUGCCUAUGCUUUUUAAUUACAUUGCCUUUUUUUUCUUUCCAAAAAUGCUAUGCGAGCAUAUGAUUUGCUGGCUGGGCUUCUUGUCCCUGAUGAAAACUUGAAUUCUGAAAUGAUAAUGGAAAAGAAAGCUUUGGUCGUAA